AAAAUAUUGGCCACAGCAACAGACUACUUGGCAUUAAAGACGGCUGUCGGUAGGAGCUGCAGUGACCUGUUUCCAGAAGCUACGGGUUACUUUGCUGCCAAUAUCAGGUUUGAAUCAACUUGGUUGCUGAAAGACGGGAAAUCCCCCCUUUUUUUUCUUUUCUUUUCUUUUUUUUUUUCUCCUUUUUGCCUAAUGGUGAAGACCUUGAUCUGAAUCUUAUUCUUCCACUCCUCCUGCCAGUUGGGAGCCUUGUUGGAAUCAUCUUUACCAAGAAAAACUCAGUCUUUACUUUGCCCCGAUUUGUAUCCUGUAUUUGAACACUAGAUUGAAUAAAGGAUCAGAUUGCAAGUUGACUUGGAUUCUUCCGUGUGACAACAUGGCAAAGAAAAACAGCCAAAAGGAUACAUCUGGUGUGGUGUUUGACACUCGCUCAAAAAUGGUCAUGUCCCAGGGAGGAACAGCUGAGAGGAUGAAGGAGAAGAUUAGCGCAGUCAGGGCAGUCGUCCCCAACAAAAGCAACAAUGAGAUUGUGCUGGUGUUGCAGCAUUUUGAGAACUGUGUCGACAAGGCCGUGCAGGCGUUCUUGGAAGGAAGUGCAGUUGAGAUCCUGAAAGAGUGGAAUGUCACCGGUAAAAAGAAGCCCAAAAAGAAAAGGAAGCCUAAGCCUCAGCCGCAGGCCACAGCAGAGCCUGCUCAACCUGAGGCCACAACACCAGAGGAGGCCAAGGAUGAGAUGAAUGGCUUUCAUGCCAAUGGAUCCGUAAUGGAUGGAGAGUCGCUUGAUUCGCUGAGUGAACAGUUGGACUCUGCUUCCCUGGACGCAGCUGAGCUGGACUCUGAACCUGCUACGUCCGAAACCACCGGUGCAGAAGCAGAAAGCCAGGGUAGUGCUCCGAGUCCUGCCUCUCAGCAGGGAGGGAAGAAUCACCAGGCUCCAAGAGGGAACAAGUCCCGACAUAGGCCUGGCUCAAAUACACAUCACACAUCCUCCUCAUUAGCACCCACAGGUGAUGAGCAAGGAUCGUCAGGAGUAAAGAAGAUGGCUCCCAAUAUUGACCGCUCUGUGAAAGACCUGCAGAGAUGCACCGCCUCCCUGACUCGCUACAGGAUGGUUGUCAAGGAGGAGAUGGACUCCUCAAUCAAGAGGAUGAAGCAGACGUUUGCUGAGCUCCAGAGCUGUUUAAUGGACAGAGAGGUGACUCUACUGGCAGAGAUGGACAAAGUGAAAGCCGAGGCCAUGGUGAUUUUGGAUGCCCGGCAGAAGAAGGCGGAGGAGCUCAGACGGCUGACGGACCGGUCUGCGUCCAUGUCAGAGGAGCAGCUGACUGAACUGCGUGCAGACAUCAAGCACUUUGUGAGUGAACGUAAAUAUGACGAGGACCUUGGGAAAGCUGUAAGAUUUACCUUUGAUCUUGAACCACUGAAGACCAGCAUCUCUGGGUUUGGAUCAGUGUACCACCCGCGUACUGGCUACUCUAAUCGGUCCCGUUGUAGCUCCACAUCAUCUUCUGUUGCCAGCCCAGGCCUACAGGAGACGCCACCGCCCACCCAAACCCAAAGCCCCCCCAGAGAAACCCGCCCUCCCCCUGCCAAACAGAUUUUCCAAGGAAACAGGCGCACUUUCCAGGGACAGGGCUAUCACUCGGGUGGUCAGCGGUAUAACGGUAGUUCCUACCACGAGAGGAACACCGGUCGUCCAAACCACCGCUAUCAGAGCGACGGCGGCUCCUCUGGCUCCACGUCGCAGCACUCAAACAGCUCCAGAGGUCCCGCCCAUUCCUCCACGUCCUCCCACCACCAAGACCGACCCGCUCACAAUGGGCUGCCCCAAAGGCAGCCGCGAACACACUUCCCUUGACAUUGGAAAAUUCUCUGCUCAGUCAAACCCAUCCACUAACACCUGCACUCCCCCCCCCACUCCCUGAACCCUCCCCCAAGCCCUUACUAACUCAUUUCAAUGAAGAAUAAAAUACAAGUUUACAUAUUUCAGUCAGUUGAGCUGUAGUUCCGCCUCGCUACAUAAGUCCAUUCAUCCUUCAGACUUGAAAAGCUCUCAUUGUUGUGUAAUCCCCCCUGCUUUUCCAUUUCUUUCCUCCAGGUUUAGGAACAGUUCCUAUCUUUAGACCCUGUUUAGAGAUCUUACUGUCUCUGUCAUUAGUGUCUGCCAGAGACUGACGUGAUUAUCUGCAAGAAUCUGUGCACUAUUGAAGUUGAACUCUUAGUACUUUUUCUAUUUUUGCCGUUGCUCUGUCAGCUCUCUGAUUUAAAGCUCAGAUCUUGCUUUUCUCGUCUCCCAGAACCAUUUCAAUGCCUUCACCGUGGAAAGCGACGUGAAAGUGCAAAAGUAGGUAUAGCAUUGACGAGUAUUUUCUAUCAUCAGAAGAGUAGACGUGCAGGCGACACUACAGACUCAUUACUUAUCACAAGGUCAAAAUGAGACAUAUCAAACUAGAGCUUUUUGUAUGGCUGCUACAAACUGUAGGGAACUUGUUAAUGUUGGGACUUAGAUGUGUUAGAACACAGAGGUUUCCUCUUAAAGGAAUAGUUCAACAUUUGUAAAUAUGCUCACUCCUUCCUUUUGCAGAGUUAAAUGAGUAGAUCAACUCCAUAUUUGUCUUGUUUGCCAAAUAUGAAGUCUUUUCUAGUAAUCGGUUAGCUCAGAUCGGCAUGAAUACGGGGAGAAAGGGCUCUGUGAACUCUCCAGUUGACAAACUGCCACUCGAAAGCUCAAUUUACAUUUAGCUUUGUAGGUUUUGGUGGAAAAGCCAAAAUAUAAACGUACAAUUUGAACUUUUAAUUGGUGUUUAGUCUUUAAUUUGAGCAAAAUUAGCUUCCUUUAACAAAGCCAAUUGAUUUCUUCCUGUACCUCCAUAUUUACUAAAGACAUCUUUUUCUAACUCUGCCAGGAAGCAAGUAAGCUUAUUUCUCAUGUCAAACUCUUCCUUCUUAAUUUGCCUGAAGUAGUGAUGUACUCCCCUCCCACUGGCCAAUGGGGUUGUAGUGUGUGCUGUUGUCUUCAGCUUGCUAUCCAUUCUUUUCUAUCUAAGAGAGGGCUCAUUACCUUUUGUAAAAUAUUAAGACUCGACAAAGGAAUCUCCUUUGUGCACAUGCUGUUUCAUAACCGAACUUUUGCUGGAGUUUCUUCCACACGCGCAGUUUGUUCCUUUUCUUGUUAUAUGCACAUGAAUGGCAUAUUAAUGUCGUGCUUGCCUUUAGUCACAGACUUCACAUUUGCCUUUUCUACGAUUGGAUGUCUGCAUCAUAACUGCUUUGUAAAUGGAUGGUACUCGCAGAGCAGAUGUGGGAUUUAUAAAUGUCAGAGAAUAUCUCCCAAGAUCCUCCUUCCCCUUUUUAUAUUUCCACUGUGUCCAUCCACAGAAGUAAAUUUGUUCAAAUUGAUGAAUUUGAGGGCUGUUAGUUUCAUCUUUUUCUGUGGCUACCAAGUUGUUGCUUCAAGGCUUCCGUUGGGGUUAAAAUUUCAUCUUGGUGUCCAGUUUGAGAACAAAAUGCUGGUGAAGACGUCAUAGUUUAUUCUCUGCUGCGCCUGUUUCAGUCUGUCCUCUUGCAGUGGGCUUAAUAAAGAACAGGGACUCUUCCUCAUUUCUUAUCGUCUUGUAGUUGUGUACAUAAACUGAGCUGCAAAGCUGUAGGGAAACUGGUUGUGUUAGAUUAUUGCUGCAUAAUGUGCCGUCUUCCUUUGAGCAGACUCGGGGUGAGGGAAUGAAUUUAAUGUGAUUUCCUUACCCCGUUUUUCUUCUAAUCAUAGGGAUUUUUUUUUCUUUAUUAUUUGAGAUUUUAAAAAAAAUUACUCCAGUAGUUCAUUUAGUGGAUAUUGUGGGGAGAAAAAUAAAAAUGGCGCAAACAUGUUUGCAGGCUUUGUUAAAUCCAGUUAAAGUGCGGAUUAGAUCGACUGAAAGGGUCGUUUUAGUAUUUUGAGGAAUAUGCUUGUUGGCUUUCUUGUCAAAUGUUGGAGAAGAUGAAGCUGUUGUGAGCUGCUGGUUGACUUUCUGUGGAGUUCAGGACGUUUCCGUUGCAGCAUUAGAGCAAGUUAUUGCUAUUUCAUCUCAGCAGCUCGUUAAUCUUUAGUCUUGAAUUUGGACAAAAAUGUUUAAACCAGUUUUGAUAAAGCUUACAAUUUAUCCAGUGUUGUAAGUUUUUGUUUGUGAUACAGACUCAUCGUUGCCCCUUGUGACUGAAAAUACUGUUAUAACAGCAGUUGCAGUGUUUUCUAUCUUCUGGUCUCAGGGGGCAGAAAUGAGCCUGAUAUCAUUGGAAAGUAACUCUCAGCUGCUUCUUGGAGUCUUCGUGUGGGACUGUCUUCAAGGAAGAGCUGGAGAAAUGAGGUGUUGCUAGAAAACUUCCCAGAUUUAACGAGUUGUCUCCUAAAUUUUUUCAAAAAGCAAAUGAUCAUUUUUACACAUUGGUUUUUGUAUGUGUUGGUUUGUGGGGCUCAGAGACAUUGGCUUGAUGCUCAGUAAGGCAGCGACUCUCAAGAUGUUUCCUCUAAGUGCUGCACAGAUGGUUUGGUUAUUUAAUUAAGAUUAUCUAUAGACUAAAGUUGUACCAAACUCUACAAGUUUCCUCAAUCAGUCCUGGUCUUUUGAUUGGCCGAGGGUUGCGUUAUGUACAGAUUAAAACUCCAGGACACUUUAAUUCCUCAGCUUUUGUUCCACUUUUAGAGCUGCUGGAUUCACUCAGUUGUAAUCUCACCUUCAGUGUGACAUUUUUUGUUUUACAUUCCAAACUUUAGGGAUAUUAGUUUAUCACCAAAGACAUAGUCUCAUCCAGUUUAAAACGACUGCCUUUUGUUUCAUCAGCCUGUAAAAUUUCCAAAGGGGAUAAAUCCAUCACUUAACCUUUUCUUUGUUCCCAUCCUAUUCUAUUUCAGAUUCCUUUACUGUAUAUACAUAUAUGUAGCUAUAUGAUUUUUGUGCUCACAUGGGCAUUUUGUAUGUGAUAUUCAUACUAGUCAUAAUGGAAGAUAAAACAUCUAGAUCAUUCGUUUUCCCAGUAGACCUGUUCUCAAACUUUUCUGAGACAACUGUAAACUCAAGUGCCUUUUUCUCGUCUCCCACUGACUCAUUGAUCUCCCCUCCACCAGAGUAUGGACCAAAGACAUCAACCCUUCCUGACUGCCCAGCCCUCUCUUUCUCCCUCUCACUCAAUGGCACACUUUUCAUUUACUACAAAUAAACCGUUUGCAAUAC